AUGGCUGACGGGGUGAAGCAGAUUCUGCAGGCGCCGAUCCAAUUGGCAGACCAGGUGACCAAGCUAGCGGAUGACGUCCACUCGUCCUUCAGGGCCGACUGCGCAGAGCUCAAGUCCAAGACGGACCGGCUGGCGGCCCUACUCCGCCAGGCCGCCCGCGCUGACCUCUAUGAGCGCCCCACUCGCCGGAUCAUGGACGACACAGAGCAGGUCCUCGAGAAGGCCCUCUCCCUCGUGUGUAAGUGCCGUGCAGCCCACGGCCUCGUAAAGCGCGUCUUCACCAUCAUACCCGCUGCAGCCUUCAAGAAGAUGUCCUCCCAGCUGGAGAACUCCAUCGGGGAUGUGUCCUGGUUGCUCCGAGUGUCCGCCACCCGCAGACGCAGUAGCAGCGGCGGCGGCGACGACGACGACGACGACGACGGUUACCUUGGACUCCCCCCGAUCGCCUCCAACGAGCCGAUUCUCUGCCUGAUUUGGGAGCAGAUCGCGAAACUCCACAACGGCUCCCUCGAGGACCGCGCCGACGCCGCGGCGUCCCUCGUGUCCCUCGCCCGUGACAAUGAUCGGUACGGCAAGCUCAUCAUCGAGGAGGGCGGCAUUGGUCCUCUCCUCAAGCUGGUCAAGGAAGGGCGAGCAGAGGGCCAAGAGAGCGCCGCCCGGGCCAUCGGCCUCCUGGGCCGCGAUCCAGAGAGUGUGGACCAGAUGCUCCACGCAGGCGUCUGCACUGUCUUUGCGAAGGUGCUCAAGGAAGGGCCUAUGAAUGUUCAGGCCAUGGUGGCCUGGGCCGUCGCCGAACUUGCCGUCGGCAAUCCCAAAUGCCAGGACCUCUUCGCCCAGAAUAACGUCAUCCGCCUGCUCGUCAGCCACCUCGCCUUCGAGACCGUCCAGGAGCACAGCAAGUACGCCAUCCCUUCCAAGGCUAAAAUGUCCAUCCACUCCGUGGUCCUGGCCAACAACACCAGCGGCGGCGCUAAUGGCAAUGGCGUCCACCACGACGGCAACAACGCUGCCACCGACGACGAGAAGCAUCCGGAAAUUAGGCAUCCGAUUGGGAGCAACGGCCACACCAACAAGAACCAGAUGCACACCCUCGUCCAGUCCACCAUGGGCAGGUCCUCGUCCGAAUCGCACCCGGUUGUCAAUGGCGGGAACGUCUCCAAGCAGCAUCAGCGUCAAAGCCAGCAGCAGAUAUCUCUGUCGGGGGCGAGUCUGAAAGGGAGAGAGUUUGAGGACCCGGCUACCAAGGCCACCAUGAAGGCGAUGGCGGCCAAGGCGCUGUGGCUGCUGGCCAAGGGCAACCCGGCUAUUUGCAGGAGCAUCACCGAGUCCAAGGCCCUCCUCUGUUUCGCGGUCCUCCUGGAGAAAGGCCCCGACGAGGUGCAAUACAACUCCGCCAUGGCGCUGAUGGAGAUAGCCAGAGUAGCAGAGAAAGACGCCGACCUUCGGCGAUCGGCGUUCAAGCCCAACUCCCCCGCCUGUAAAGCGGUGGUUGAUCAAAUCCUCAGGGUCGUCGAGAAGGCCGACUCCCAGGACCUCCUCCUUCCCUGUAUCACUGCCAUCGGUUGCCUAUCGAGGACCUUCCGAGCCACGGAGACCCGAGUGAUCGCCCCUCUGGUUCGCCUCCUCGACGAGAAGGAAGAGCACGUCUCCAGGGAAGCCGUCAUCGCCCUCACCAAGUUCGCCUGCUCGGAGAACUACCUCCAUGUGGACCAUUCCAAGGCCAUCAUCGCCGGCGGCGGCGCCGGGCACCUCGUCCAGCUUGUGUAUCUAGGCGAGGAACCCGCCCUCCAGAUCGACUCCCUUGUUCUGCUCUGCUACAUCGCCCACCACGUCCCCGACGAUGAGGCCCUCUCCCACGCGGAGGCCCUCACUGUGCUCGAGUGGGCCUCCAAGCAGGGUUUCAUGGUGCAGGACCAGGCCGUGGACAAGCUGCUCGCGGAGGCCAAGGCCCGACUGGAGCUCUACCAGUCCAGAGGUUCCAGAGGAUUCCCUUGA